CCUGGGAGUUAUAAAUUCAGCCUACCUCUCAUUUGAUACUGGCAAGAAGAAUUCGAGAACACGACCGCCCUCUUAGUGUCUCGAAGAUGAACAUUCUACUCCUCAGCAGUCUAGCUUCUGCUGCCCUAGCAGCUGGGCAGACGCACAAAACUGAUUGCCAGCACCUAACUGCUCCCAACGUUCCCGGAGCCACUGUGCUUUCAAUCAAUGGAACAGAACGAUGGAACUACACAGUUCCAGCACUCCGUCCAUUUCUCCUCUCUCCCGUAUCCGGUCUCAACUUCUGCGACGUCACCGUCCUUCUCACACAUGCCGGUGCCAAGGAUCAAGUUACAGUGAAAGUCUGGCUUCCUCUCCAAGACUGGAACGGCAGGUUCCAAGCAAAUGGUGGCUCGGCCUAUGCCGCCGGUGAAUUCGACCUCACCCUUGGCCCGACAGUCAAGGCCGGGUACUCCUCCUCAUCCACCGAUGCUGGUGUCGGGUUUAACCCAGAGACCCCGAGUCCAUGGGCGCUCAAGGCAGACGGAUCUGUGGAUUUCGACGCCCUGAUCAAUUUCUCGUAUCGCUCCAUCCACGACAUGGCUGUCGUGGGCAAGGAGUUGACAGCUCAGUUCUACGGCACAAAGCCGAAAUACUCCUACUGGAAUGGCUGUUCGACAGGUGGGCGACAGGGAAUGGUCGCUGCGCAGCGAUAUCCCGACUUAUUUGAUGGCAUUUCGGUCGGAGCCCCGGCAAUCAAUUGGGCCAAAUACGUCCUUGCCGAGCAGUGGCCACAGGUCAUCAUGCAGCAAGAGCAGACAUUCCCUUCGUCAUGUGAAUUGAAAUUCUUUUCGGAUACGGCGAUUGCUGAAUGCGAUGGGCUCGACGGAGUGAAGGAUAGAAUCAUUAAUGAUCCUGAGAAAUGCCACUACACCCCUUACCAAUCGGUGGGACAAGAAGUUGACUGUGACGGUAAGAAGGUCACCAUCACCAAGUCUGCUGCUACUGUUGUGGCAAACGCUCUUCAGGGCCCAGUGGACACCUCUGGCCGACCACUGUGGUACGGACUCAAUGCCGGUGCGCCGUUGGACAGCUUGGUGAAUACGACGGCGGCUGUCAACGGUACGCUCGCUGGAUACCCGUUCUUCGUCAACGAUGAAUGGAUCAAGUAUUUCGUGGUUCGGAACCCCGACUACAACACGCUGGAGAUCAACGCCACGACCUUUGUGGACCUGUUCUGGAAAUCCUACAUUGACUACGACAGCACCAUCGGAACAGACGAGGCCGACCUGUCAUCAUUCCACCAGCAUGGCGGCAAGCUGCUCAUGUGGCAGGGACUGUCCGACCAACUCAUCUUUCCUGGCGGCACAGUCGACUACCGCACGCGCGUUGAACGUCUGAUGGGAGGAAGGCACAAAACGAAUGAUUUCUUCCGGCUGUUUUUCGCGCCUGGUGUUGACCACUGCGGGUUUGGGAGCACGAUUGGCGCGAUUCCGGAUGACCCUUUUGGGGCAUUGGUCAACUGGGUCGAGCAUGGAAAGGCGCCUGACUCGAUCCCCGCAACAGUCAACGAUGAGGCCAAGGCGAAGAGAAUAGUCUGUGCCUAUCCUCAACGCGCGGAAUACAUUGGGGGAGACGUGAAUUCCGCUGCCAGUUUCAGAUGUGCUUGAUUCAAGACAAUUCCUACAUGUAUUACAUACAUAUGUAUCUAGUACCAUU